AUGUCUUCUGAACCCACAGAGCUAAAGGUCAUCCACCAGGGGGCAGGAUGGAAAAUGCCCCUCCUCCUCCUACUGUGCCUGCUACAAGGUUCUUCUUUGGCCCCUUCACACAGAGGAUCCCAUCUCAGAUGGCUGCAGGACAACUUUCUCCCCUCUGGCACCCACCUCUGCAUCAUGGAAACAUUCUUGUCUUCCUCACCCUUCUGCUGGCGGGAGGAGAGUUCCUUGGCAGCUGCAAAUACAUUGAAGGGCCCGAAGCUGGUAGCUGGGAAACCUGGGGGAGCUGUCACCAUCCAGUGCCAUUACACCCCCUCGUCAGCCAACAGACACCAGAGGAAGUACUGGUGCCGUCUGCAGCUGCCAACGAGGAUCUGCCAAACAAUUGUGUCCAGCAACCACUACACUCACCGUGACUACCAGGGUCGUGCGACUCUAGCAGACUUCCCACAGAGCAGCUUGUUUGUGGUGAGGCUGUCCCAACUGUCCCUGAAUGAUGUGGGACAGUACCGUUGUGGCAUCGGAGACGGAAACAACAGGCUGUUCUUGAACAUGAAUCUGACCGUCUCUGUAGGCCCUUCUGAAACCAUCCCCACAGCCACUUCAGCUGCUGGUGAGCUAGUCACGACAUCCUUUGGGACAGGAUCUCCAGCAUCCAACAGAUGGACCCCAGGAGCCACCCACACUCUAGAACAGGGGACAGAAUGGGACAGAGUUACUUCAACUUCAGGAACCAGCAAAAUCACAGCUCCAGCGAAGGGAAGACAAACCCCUGCUACAGCCUGGGAAGAAGCUCUGGAGACAGGCAGUGGGGCAGAGGGGUCCAUCAAGGCCACAGUCCCUGCUCCAGAGAAUCCAGCUUCAAAACCCAGAAGUGUGUCCAAAACAACAGAAGGUGUUCAGGAGUGGGGCACCCACAGCUUAGUCACGAACACACCUAGGGCCAGCGAGAGUGGGAAGGAGAGGACUACUGAGGCUGAUAGGGCAGGGCAGGAAACAGACAGGGUCAGGACGGAGCCAGAUGCAGCCAGGAGAACCACAGGAACCAUGAGGCCAUCAGCCCCAGUCUCAGAACAGCUGGCCCAGGAAACCCUCCGAGAAGCAACACCUGUUUCUAAGCAACAAGCCCUGGGCUCCACUGAAGGAGCAACCCCACCUACAGGCAUGUGGACCUUGGGCACCACCAGCACAGAGACAGCAUCUGUGGAAGGAAGCACUUAUGGAGACCUACACAGCACUGUGGGAGACAGGGGUCCCCAAGCAACACCAAGUCAGGCUCCAGCAACAGGCCCCCUAAAGCCCCCUGGCAUGGAAUCCUCCAUGAAGAGUGCUUUUCCAGAGGUGGAGAGCAGCUUUCAGAUCCUGACUCCAGUCUGCACUGUGCUAGCCCCAUUUCUGAUUGUGGCUCUGGUCCUAUUGCAAAGGAAGCUCCGAGGAAAUGGACCAUGGUCAGCUGAAACCCAGGUGGGCCUCAGAGACGUGCUAGCCCCACAGGACCCCACCUAG